GGUGGUGGUGGCAUCACAUCUACUUGUGGCAUCUAUAACCUUGUACUGAGUAUACUGUACAAAAUGAAUGUUCUGUUUCGCCUAUUUGAAGGAAAAGGGUGUCUCCAAUGCCAGCCAGAAACCAAAAGCCAGAAGCCAGAAGUCAAAAGAGAAUGCAGACAGAACAAGGGGACGACUUGCAUAGCCUCGGCCUCUCACGAUAGACCAACUAUGAAAACAACAUAUAGACAUGCAGUUGCCCUUACAUUUGAGGUGUCCCGUUUGAGGUGUCCCGUGAUGGGAGAGUGCUGCAUGGCAUCUCUAGAUAUAGUUAGAUAUGAUACUUAUGAUUUGUUGUUUUUCUUGACGCAGACAGUUUUUCUCCUGUUCUUUUAAAGUCUCCCUGUUGUGCAGAGGUUGCAGAGAACAGCUCUGUCGGGACACCAGUAUAUCAAAUCAAUGUAACAAACCGCGAUUCGAAUGACGCACUGACCUACACAUUGCUCGGCGGACAUGAGUACUUCGAAUUUAGAAACAGCAGCAACCGUGGGAUUAUCACGAUCAAACGUCAAGUGGAUCGAGAGAUGCUUCUGAGCGACAUUGUGCAACUUAAAGUUGAAGUAUCUGAUGGCGUUCAUGAGCCUGUCACAGGUGAUGUUUGUGUCUUGAUUACUGAUGUGAAUGAUAAUGCUCCUAUUCCUGUGAAUGUACUUUACUCUGUAUCAUUACCCGAGGACAGCAACGUUGGCCGGACUGUUGUCAACGUUCGUGCUAAAGAUGCUGAUGAAGGAACAAACAGUCACGUUCAAUACAGAUUUAUAAAAGGCAACAAGGAUGGCCGCUUUUCUAUUUCUUCCUUCAGCGGCGAUAUCAAGCUUGAAACGUCACUAGACUAUGAGUCUCAGCCGAGGAGCUACGUGUUGACUGUUCAGACAUAUGAUUUGGGAAAGCCGUCUCUUUCUGCUACAGCUAAGGUUGACAUAAACGUUAUUAACAUCAAUGACAACAAACCACACUUUCAAAAAGACGUGUUUGUGGGAAAUCAAGAUGAAGGGACAACUGCACACACUUCCAUAGUGAAGGUAAUAGCUACUGAUCUAGACAGUGGGAUUUUUGGCAAGCUGUCAUACUCGAUUGUUGGUGGAAAUGACGAUGGGCGAUUCUACAUAAACAACACAACAGGGGAUAUCAGUAAUGCGAAGGUCCUAGACCGGGAACAGCAGGAUUCGUACAAUCUUGCCGUAGAAGUUACAGAUGGAGGACUAACUAAGCUGACUGAUCAGACAACUGUGCAUAUCGUCGUUAGUGAUAUAAAUGACAAUCGUCCACAAUUUUAUGACAAGCAGAAGUCGGUCACCAUUGCUGAAAAUAACGUCGUGGGCGUUAUAGUUGCAGCAUUUUCGGCUGUAGAUCAUGAUAUCGGAACUAACAGUCGUCUGACGUACACGAUUGUGGCCGGAGAUACGGGCAACGCGUUUGACAUUGCGGACUCUUCCAAAGGCAUUGUAACUGCUACCAAGAGGCUGGACCACGAAACGAUGCAGAUGUACACUUUGACAAUUGAAGUUCGAGAUGGUGGCCCAAAAGGCGGAAUGACGGAUUCUGCCACGUUGAUUGUUUACGUGAAGAACCUGAAUGACAACUCGCCGAGGUUUGCCUCUCCAUCCUAUAGUUUUCAGGUAUAUGAGAAUGAAAUCGAUAUCGUUGUUGGUCGUGUCUCGGCAACUGACGCAGACGGACACAUGUUUUCUCACGGUCAAGUUUCCUACGACCUGAUUGGACGUAACCAUAACAGGUUUUCUAUCGACCCAGCAAGCGGUGUGAUUACUACGACAGUGGCAAUUGAUCGCGAGGGUGCUGACAGCGAAGUGUACCACCUGUUAGUAGUUGCCAAAGACAAUUCAACAACGGAGAGACGACAAACCACGGCAAACCUUACCAUCACCAUACUGGACGAGAACGACAACCCGCCACUGUUCGAAAAGAGCAACUACAAGGUAACUGUAAAAGAAGAGCAACCACCUGGACAGAAAAUCACGAAGGUAUCUUGCCUGUCCGUCGUAAUGUGUGCGAUCACAGCAUACAGUGUUUGAUAUCAUUUAGGUGUC